UCAAGGGGUGUGGUGUAUUGACGGAGCCAAAUUGGUGAUUUCUUUGGAAAGCAAAUGUCGCUUCAGCGAUAUAAUACACAGUGGCUAUGUGUUUUUCUAGACUAAGGAUUCGUAGUCACACGUAGUUGUGAAAGGGAACCGGCAGACGGAGGGGUCACGUGACCUGUCACUCUUUAUACGGAGGAAACCUUUGGACAGGUGAGAGAAGUGAGGUGGAUUUAUUACCGUGGGGUACAUCAAUAUAAGAGACACUAUAGGCUAUCUGGGCAAUAAGCUUAUAGCAGAAGGGAAAUUCUCUCAUACUAAUAGUUUUAAAUAGGACUUGGAGGGAAAAAAGAGGAACAAUAAAGGGCUUAAAUAAGGAACUUCCGAUAUCUAUAAUUCCUAUAGGUUUGUUUUCUGGCACUGAAAAGAGUAAACAGUUCCGGAUAUGUAAACUUCUUCAGUGCAUAUGGACAAAGGACAUAUGGACAAAGGAAGACGAAGUCGUUGAUAUAAACAUGUGUGACAGUGCGGGCAGCUGCGAGCUGUCAGAAAGAGACGCCAUCAAAUCUGAAACUCCCUCGGGUCCUCAGACACGCGGACAAAAACAAGAGGCUAAAAUCCAAAUGAACGACUCAAAUGAGCCAAAUUCGGGCCUUACAGCGGAACCGACACCAGAGGAGCGAGCGGCUAAAGUUGGCGCGCGUGCGGUAUCGCUGACACUCAGCGCUGCAGUGCGCAGGUCCAGAUUUCAAAGACAGCUGGAAGCAUCUGAAUCAAAAACAUCAGCCGAGGUCCAGGAGAAAGGCUCCAUUACAAAUGCCAUGCGCAAAAAAUACCUGAAGGACUUAUUUUUGAACUAUAAUUCGCAUAGUGGCCUGUCAACAAUCUUGAGCGUGUCCUCUAGGGACAGUGUGGAUGCGACCUCUCAGGGUGCGGACGAGAGCAAUGCAUCCUGGGUACUGGAUCCCACUGAACACGCAUGGAUGGUAUCAGUGGUUGAUGGGAAUUAUGACACUAUAGCAGAGUUUCUCUUGGAGGACCCCAGUUUACUGACCAGGAAGGACUUUGUGACUGGCUAUACAGCUCUCCACUGGUUAGCAAAGAAAGGGAAACACGAGACGUUAUUAAAGCUUCUAAAAAAUGCUGAGAGAAAAGGGAACCCAGUGGACGUGAACUUAAAGGGCAGUGGUGGUCUGACCCCCCUUCAUGUUGCUGUUAUGCACAGACAGUACAUGGUAAUAAAGAUCUUAGUUGGUGCAUUUAAUGCCAAAGUUGAUGCCAUGGACUACAAUGGAAAAAGGGCAUGGCAAUAUCUCAAAGAUGAUGCACCAGCAGAGAUGAAGGAGCUCCUCGGUGCAUUGGAUGAAGAACACAUUAUCUGCCAAAUGAACACUAACAACAAUAAUGCAUGUUGCACUGAAGAGGCUUCUGUGAAGAACUGCCAAAAAGAGACAAACAUUGACACGGUCAGUAGAAGCGGGCUAUGGCGCUUGGGCUCAUUUAGAAAGUUACUUUCCCCAUUUUUCUCUGGAGGGAAGAACUAAAAGACAUUAGAAAUCCAAUUAUUACACACCAGAUCACUGUAAAUAGUAUAAAUUCCAGUGAAUUCAAAUUCAACAUGCAACAUUUCAUAAAUUGUUGUUUUUAUAUUGAACUAGUUAAAAGCUUUGUGACUGUGCCAAUUUACAGUUUGUAUAUAUAAUUUCCUGAAAGCAUGUUUAUGUAAAUUAAAGUAUCAGUAAUGACAAUGUAUUUGAAGCAGAAUUUUAGAAAUCAACCCAAUCUCAUCCAGUUCAUCAGAUGCGAAAAAAAGUAAUCUACAUUACAGUACUUGAACACAAGCCAAUACCACAGACCCAAGCACCUUCAAUCACAAUGUUUCCCUCAAAUAAACAUUCAGAAAAAAGGGCAA